GCCGCCGCUGACCACCGGCCGCCUCGCCCGCGCCAUGGCCUGACCUCGCCGCGCCACCAUGCCGCCGGGGACCGGCACGGACAACGAGCCCGACGCGUUCACCGUUAUCAACCACGACGCGGCGAAGGCACCGCUGGCGCGCAUCGUGAACGUCGUCAGACCGCUGGAGCGCGAUGAGCCGCGCGGGCCGCUGCCGAGCGCACCGCGCCCUCGCCCCGCGCCCAACACGCUGCUCGACCCCAAGUUCUCGCGGGCGCUCGACUUCAAACUGCGCCGGCUCAAGGAGAAGGAGAUCCUGGAGGCCAACCUGCGCCGCCCGACGCGCUUCCGGCCUCGCAACGGCCUCGCCGCCUCCAAUCCGAACAUCUAUAAAGAUUAUCCCAAAAUCCACGUCAAAGCGAUGAGCCAGUCGCACCCCCGCAUCGACGACGUGACCUUGAGAGAUGAGCCCCACAAAUUAACCACGAAAUUAGACAAGUCUCCGUCGCCGGCGAAGAGCAAAGGCAGAAUGUCAGUAUCCAACGACGGAGAGAAGCCGCGCUUCGUGACCACUGUGAAGACUGGACAGUUCUUGUUGCCUCCUCCGGAGCUCGCGUGUCUGUUGGGGCUGGAGACGCUGUACCCGCCUAAGGAACGUGACAAAAUUGUGUACUCUUAUGCGAGCAAACCCAAGGCUGUAGCAAAUCGCACGAAGCGUUCUCUGCCAGAUAAGAAACAAGACACAUCAAAUACUUGUCCAAAUAUCGAUGGAAGCAAGCGCAUGAAGGCUGGGGAUGCUUUUAAAGGAGUCCGAGCGCUCGUGGCUGGAGUGGUCGGAGUGCAUCACCUGCUGGACGAGCGAGAUCAGCUCGGAAGCAUGGCUACGGGCGUCACGGGCGCUACGGGUGCUACGGGCGCUACGGGCGCUACGCAGUACUCCAACGUGAUGCACGACAAGCGCGUGGUGCGCGGGAGCACGUUCGCGGCGCACCCACACGCUGCAGGCGACGGGGCAGAGAGCGCGGCAGCUCGCGCGGCUCGCACGCGGAGGCGCGCGCUGGCUCGCCGCGCGGCGCUGGCCCGGCUGCGGCCCGGCACGCCGCCGCCCGCGCCCGGCCGCCGACACCAUCCCAUACAGACUGAGUACUAUCUCGAGGAGCUAUUCGACAAAGGCGUGGAGAUGGAGGUGGGUGUUCAAACGGACCUGUUCAUAGACCGGCCCGCCACGCCCGUGUACGUGCCCGCCAAGACCGGCGCAGACGCAGCCACACAGAUCUAUCCUGGUGAUCUGUUCGAUUUCGACGUGGAAGUGCAACCGAUCCUGGAGGUGCUGGUCGGCAAGACGGUGGAGCAGGCGCUGGCGGAGGUGGCGCAGGAGGAGGAGUUGGCCACGCUGCGCGAGCAGCAGCGCCGCUACCGCGAGCUGCGCGAUGCCGAGCUGGCCGAGCGGCAGCGUCUCGCCGCGCAGGAUCUCCGCCUCGAGCACGAGAAGGAGCGCCGCGUGGCGGAGGGUCGCGCGGCGCGCGCGGCGGCGGUGGAGGCGCGGCAGCGCGUGGCGGCGGCGGCGCUGGUGCAGGGCUACGUGGCCGAGCUGCUGCCCGCCGUGCUGGCCGGCCUGCGCGACGCCGGCUACCUCGUGCGCCGCCUGCACAGAGGGGUAGAAGAAGAGUUCAUGCCGUGGCUGGUAGAGGAAGUGUCCAAAGAAAUUGAAUCCAUCAUCACGAGUCGAGACGUUAUUAGUGAGAUCGUCCGCGAGGUGGUGGAGGCGCGCGCGGAGCUGUACCGCGCGGCCGGCGAGCGCACCGCACAGCGCCGCUCGCCGCCCGACUCGCUCACCCCGCCCUCCGAGCCCGCCGAGGAGGAACACGAUAAUGAAGACCAGCCACAAUAAUGCUUGAAGACUGAAAGCAGCUCUAAUGCGACGUGCAACAGCUGAUGAAGUCUUGUAAACAAACAUCAGCUAAUUAAGUCUUGAUAAUUUUGUGUUACAUAUCUGAUAUUUAGAUUUAGUAGGCUACAAGAAGAAUAUUUUUGUUUCUUUGUUCAGUUUGUACAAUCAAAAAGCUGUUAUUCUUUUUCUUAUGAAAUAAAAUUGAACAUACCAAAUAUUAACAUUACUUAUUCUACACAUAAAUUGGAUUCUACACAUAAAUCCAUUGGACCCCUAAAAUUAACUAGGUAAGUAUUGUAAAGGUAUUUUAACAACUUAUCACUAAUGCCACAAGCAUUUUCUAAAUAUUAUAUUUGUAAUUUCUUUAUUAAAGGGUUUUAUAACAGUUAUUUUAGGAUAUAACUAGGUAAUUAUUAUACGACGAAAUUUUGUUGCUCUAUUAUUAUUUUGUUAUAAAAUUAUUGUGUUAUUUGCUGAUAUCGAUUGUGUUUAUUUUUAACUAUGCCCUAAUACUUACUGCUCAGGUUAGUGUCAAAAUCAUCGCUAUUAGGUACUAUAGGUAACGUGAUAAAGUUAAUAAUAUUCCUGUCUACAGCUGUUUACAAUUGUGUUUACACAAUAUCUAAACAUUUGAUUUUGAAUCCUUAAGCGCCGAUUUUUCAAUCCUUGGUUAAAAUUUAUCCGUCCAAUAAAGUAUUACACAAUAUUGAGUUAAUAUGUAUGUACUACGUGUAUUACACGAACAUUUUAAAAUGUCACCUGUAAACUGUUAAACACGGACAAUUAGAAUAUAAUAUUUUUGAAAUGGUAGUCUAAUACGUUAUUUGAUGGAUAAGUUUUAAGUUUUAACCAAGGAUUGAAAAAUCAGCCCUUAAAUCAAAUUAAAGAAUGAUUAAAGAUAAGUUUUUUUUUUACAAAAAGUUCAGCUGUGUGUGAUUUAUUCCAAUGUUUAUAUAAUUUAUGUAUGAAUGCACGUCACCUUAAAAUAGGAUUGAUGUACCACUAGUUGACCAUUUAAGCGGUUUUAUCUUUAGCUAUAUAUAUAAAAAACGGGUUAUUUGUUUUACGUUCAAUGUUAUUUUUGGGACACAGAUAAUUGAAUAGUCACUGCAACUAUUGUUCUUAGUAUCAAUUUGAUAGCCUUUAAAGGUUUUAUGAAAACUACUCUGAAAGUUACUUCUGCUAAAAGUACCAUUACCUGACCACUGAUCACCAAUAUCUGACCAUCAUUGCUCUAAAAGUUGACCAUUUUCAAAAUGGACAAAAUGUCCUUCUUCGAACAUUAGUUUUGUUUAAUAAAUAAAAAAAGUCUGUAUUUAUAUUGAAGUUUAUUUUAUUAAAUGUUAUAAAUCAUUCUUACAAUACCUACUGUUAUUAAUCCUUAAUGACUACCUACGUACCAUACAAUCUUUUCUUUUUUCUCUUUUUCCUUCGACACCCAGUAGUCUUGCCAUUUCUUGGAAGUUGUAGCAAAGGGCAAGCGUUCAGUCUUCCUUAUUAACGGAGAAUCAGAAGGCCAUAUUAAAUGUUUGCCAAAAGCUGGGCUUAUUUGCUGUUGCAUUUUAGUUAUUAAAUCUACUAAUUUGGGCGAAGGAGGUUCAAGGAAAUGACUGACUGAAGUUGAUGUUGAUUCGAGAUGCAUUGUUGGUGUUGGAAUAGGACUUAGACGGCUUAUAUGGUUUGUUAAAUUAGGUAUAAGCACAAAAAAAAGCAAGUCUUUCUUAGCAAAAUAUAAAGAACCAAGAGCUGACCAUACUGGUCAACAAUAGGCGAAAAAUUGUUUUUGUUGCUCCAAAAGAUAACCAGGCCACUAAAAAUCAUGAAAAACUGUUCAUGCCAAAAAUGAAGCCGAAAGUCUAUAACAGAAUUGUUUAACAUUAUGCCUAUAACAAGACAUAUAAAGAGUAAUCGAUUGCAGUCAAGAUAAAUUAAGAUUUCCCAAUCAACUCCCGAUAAAAAACUCUUAGUAAAAAAUGUGAUUACUUAGUAGGUGGCCCCUACUUAAUUACAUCUUCGUGUUGAAAAAAUGUCAAUAUUUCUGACCAAUAGCAGCAAGGUUUGUUUUUAUUUUAUAGAUGAUGUUGCUUUAUAGAAAAAACAAUAAACUAUCAUCUGGGGCUACCGUAUUUUCUUAAUUGGCGCGUAUAUUUGAAUUUUGGUCAUGUAUUGGCGCUUGGUCAGCUAGUGGUACAUUGACCCUAUUAUCUGUUAGUGUUGUCACUUUCAGUUGUUAGGUAUAUAAUUAUAUAAAUUGCGCUAAAUACGACCUUGGAAUAUAUCACGCUCUGAGUGUAGAUUUGUAGAAUAUUUAGAUUUUUAUGUUGUUUUUCUACAAAUACAUUAUAAGAAGUUUA